AUGCAUCUCAAAGAAACCGAGUCCUCCCCAGGCAGCAUCCCAGCGCCCGAAGACCUUCAAUCCUCCAACCUAAACAUAACCCUCACCCACAAACCCACCACCACCCCAUCCUCCCCACCGUCCUCCCCCCCACAACAAAAAGAGAAGCAACGCCCCCUCUACUUCGCCUACGGCUCCAACCUCUCCCCCACCCAAAUGCGCCACCGCUGCACCCAAAACCCCACCCGCAGCAGCCACCCCGUCGCAAUAGCCUCCCUCCCGCACUGGCGCUGGCUGAUCUGCGAAAGCGGGUACGCGAACGUCAUCCCGCCGUCUUCCCUGCGCGUCGGGAAACAGAUCUCCGAGGGGGAGAAGGUCCCCGUGUCCGGUGAAGAAGACGCCGUGUUCGGCGUGCUGUAUGAUAUGGAUGUUAGGGAUGAGAGGUUGCUGGAUGGGUACGAGGGGGUGGAUCGCUGUGCGCCUGUGUCGAGGGAGGGGGGGAGGGUUCCGUUGGAUGUGAGGCCUAGGGAGCAGGGACGGGGGGAUUACAAUAAGUGGGUUGUGGGGGCUAGGGUUGUGAGGUGGUUUGAUGGGGAUGGGGAUGCGGAUGCGGAUAAGGGGGGAGAGGAUGAGGUGAUGACGUUGGUGUAUGUUGAUGAGGAGAGGGUCAGGUGUGGGCCGCCUUAUAAGGAGUAUAUUGCGCGCAUGAACAGGGCUAUCUCUGAGGCGGAGACGUUGGGGUUUCCGGCGAAGUGGGCGGAGGAGGUUAUGAGGCCUUAUAUUCCGAGGGAGUAG